AUGUUCCUUGAUGGCAAGGCAAGUGCGUUUGGGACCACACUCCCCCACUCCCUCAAGAAGAAAAUGUGUCAUAUGUCCAAGGGCAAGCUUCUGUGGCAUGACAAAGUCUUUGACUUCAUCAAGUCAAGUGCUCUGGCUGUCCUCAACUUGCUCAAGACCACAGGUAUGAGCGACGAGCUCAAGAAAUGCAUCAAGAAGCUCUGUAACCAAGUCAGCGUCACGAGGAGUACAGACUUCAAUCCCAUCAAGGAUAUUAUUGGUCAGUACGCCACUAUCAACCCCCAGAGGCCACUCGAUCCAUAUGUCGGCAAGGGUGUGCCUUGCAAUAAGUGGGGCUUUAACCAUGUCCAGCCUGGAAAGCUCCUCUGUCCAAUAGAGCACCUCCUGAAGUAUCUCAAAGAUUCUGACAGAACGUGUGCUAAACUCAAGGCGGGCGACCUCAGCCUGAGAAGCCUUCCAUCCUUUGUCUUUGAGAGUAAUGGGGAGCCAUGUAUGCAUUUGGAUGGAGGUUAUGAUAAGGACUAUGUUGCAAAAGGCAUGUUUGAGGGAUUUCUCCUCAUACGUGUUGGCAAGCACAUCAUGGUCGCUCCGAAGGCUGCCUUGAAGGAUGACCCACUACCACUCUCUUGUCGAAGCAAGGGCUUGAUCAUGGAUACACCCUGUAUCAUUGCAGAACACUUGCCUUAUCUUACUCUCGCGGGGCGCUCAGCAAUGUCUACUCAGCAGUGGGGAGCGAUUGCCGAUGGAGGCUAUGUCUGGGAGAAGGAGUACAACCGGAUGCUCACACUUGUCUUGGACCCGCUCCAUGAGGAGGAGAUCGCCAAUGCCUUGCACUAUCUGAACCUAAAAAUAUUUGGCCAUGAAAAGGGCAUGGUCAACGACUCCUCGGAUGACAACAACGACAGCGACGAGAAGAACAACAAGGAUAGCUUCUAUAUUUGGCUCUGGGAGCAAGCAAAGGCCAAACAGGCUGCUUGUGAGUGGGCACAGACCAAGCUUUGGGCCCACACUGCCGACAUCACACUCCAGGCAGAUGCAGAUCAUGCUGCUGUGGGGGACCUCCUCAACGCAGCAAUUAACGAGGUUACAGGGAAUGAGGAGACGGCAACUCACGAGGUAAGCUAA